AGAAAGCCUUCACUUUUGUGUAUUGUUCUGGUAUCGCCAGUCAUUCUCGAUAAUGACGGAUGCAAGCAAGUGCGCAAUGGAUAUUCGUGCGUGCCAGUUGCGUUGUCCGAAGGACUGGACAUCAAACUGAACCAGGCAGUCCGUCAAAUCAGAUACCAUUCGAAAGGGGUUGAAGUUCUAGUGUCCAGUGCUCGCAACUUUCACAACCCCAAGACUUUUAAGGCUGACGUAGUGCUGUGCACUCUGCCGCUGGGCGUGCUGAAGCAGUCAGUGGGAGCAGCGGCGGUUCAGCAGCUGCCGAGCUCGGUGCAGUUUGUGCCGGCCCUGCCUGAGUGGAAGGCAUCGGCCAUCAACCGACUGGGCUUCGGAAACCUCAACAAGGUCGUGCUCUGCUUCGAGCGCAUCUUCUGGGAUCCCAAUGCAAACCUGUUUGGCCAUGUUGGCAGUACCACUGCUAGUCGAGGUGAACUGUUCCUGUUCUGGAACCUGUACCGCGCUCCAGUUUUGUUGGCCCUGGUGGCUGGAGAGGCGGCCGCCAUCAUGGAAAAUGUCAGCGAUGACGUCAUAGUGGGAAGAUGCAUUGCCGUCCUCAAGGGCAUUUUCGGAAACUCGGCUGUUCCUCAGCCGAAGGAGACAGUUGUCACAAGAUGGCGGGCUGACCCGUGGGCUCGUGGCUCCUAUUCGUAUGUGCACGUCGGAUCAUCGGGCAGCGAUUACGACAUGCUAGCUGCUCCCGUUUUUCCGCCGUCAGCCGGCUCUAAUCCGGCUGCUGCUCAAGAUCCGACCAAUUCCAACGGAGUACCCAGACUCUUCUUUGCUGGCGAGCACACGAUCCGCAACUACCCGGCAACCGUGCACGGCGCUUUCCUGAGCGGACUGCGUGAAGCUGGUCGUAUCGCCGACCAAUUCCUCGGUUGCCCCUAUGCGCCCCCCGCAGGGGUUGGGGUGGCCUCUCAGCCGCCUACUGACACCCCUCAGUAACUCAACUAUUCCACUAUUUAACUCAGCCAUGUUCAACAAUUUUAGUAGAAUAUGACUCUUAGAUUAGUUUUAUAACUUUAUAUUAGUUUCACAUGAAUGUUUCUUAUUAUUACUGGAUCUUGAUUGAGUUUCUCAUUUUGUCAUACUCGUAAAUUUUAACAAAAAUGAUAUUACAUGUUUAGUUAUUAGUUAUGAUUAGAAUGAGUCUAUGUUAUGAUUGAUCGAUGUAACUCAGUUGACUUUUUAUAUUUUUUCAUUCAUAGAAAUUUCUAGUAAUAGAUUUAUUUGAAAAUAUUUCUCAUUAUCACUGAAUUUGCUAUCAAUCCAAUCUAAGAAUGACUAAGGUAUUAAUCAGAAUCAGAAUUACACAACUUACAGAAAAGUACCACAGGCGUACUCCCAAAACGGUUCCAAUUCUAAUUCAUGGGUAGUUUCUUCUUAUAACUGGAACCUCGUUGAGUUUUCCAUUUUGUAACUUUGGUAAUAAUUCAUGAACACUGACCUCUUUGGGUCACUAAUGACUACACUACAUUAAAUCUGGAUUUUUCUCCCUUAUCACUGUAACCCAUUUCUUUACCGAGUUUUUUAUAUUCUAACAUUCUCAAUCAAUGGAGAUUUUCAUAGAAUAUAAUAUAUGAAACUAUGUAAGUUAUUAAUGAUUAUCCAUGAAAAUUUUCUAUCCAUACCAAUUCUUGGUUCAGAUUUAAAUUUUGGUUUUUUCUUAUUGUAUCAUUCAUGAAGACUGACUACUAUCAUGAUCAACUCAAUCAAACAAUGACUAUAACUUAGAAUUAGUUAUUUGGGUCAUUAUUGUUGAGAUCCAUCCUAUUUUGUUAAUCAUAAACAAUGACUUUCAAUCUCAGUUUGAUAAAUGACUAUUACUUAGAAUAAGCUAUGUUUUUCCAACUACUAAAUCUUGGUUGAAUUUAUUGAUUUUCUAAUUUGUGUUGUUCGUAAGCAAUGAUUAUUAUUCUUAGUUUAAGUUAUAAAAUGUUUCUUAUUAUCACUGGAACUUGGCUGAGUUUUUUUCCUGUUAUUCGCAUUAAUGCAUUAAUUUGAUGAGAGAAUGAGUACCUAGUAAUUUUAGAUUAGUUAUUAAAUGUUUCUUAUUUUCGCUGGAAGAAGCUUGAGUUUCAUCCAUUUAUGUCAUUUUCGCCAAUCAUGAAGAAUGAUUAUGAUUAUUACAUUUUUUACGUUAUGAUACUGACUUAAUCGGGCUAUCCAUUGAUUUUGUUCGAAAGUAGAUUUAGUUUUUACUCAUUUUUUAUGUUUAAUUCAAUUUUAAUGUGCUGACUGUCACUUUGAAAAUCUUUUGUAUAUGUAUGAAGAAAUUGAGCACUGGAUUGCGUAAAGUUGUGAUCAAUUAUCAUUAUUCUCUUUAGAUUUUGAUCAAUUCAAAGGUUUUCAUGAAUUCUUCUCAACCAAAUAACAUUUGAAGUUGUAAUUCAGCUAAUUUCCUCUUACGUCGGAAAAUGAAUCUUGAAGUCAAGAUUAUUUCAGUCUAAUACAUACUAUCAAUAUUAUAUUGAAUGUAAUAUCACUGCCAUGAAUGUAUAAAAUAUUGUUUAAUUCUGUUUGGGUAGAUUUAUUGUAAGUAUGAGUAUGUUGUAUUAGAAUUUUGUCAUUAAUAAAUUUUGGUAAUGAUCACAACAA